GUUAGCGUUUUAAGGACGACGUAACUUUUAGGAAGUCUGGGCGAGGCCAUGGGCUGCGGACUAUAUUGAAUCAAGAUAGUUCAUGAGAACAAUCUAUGUUUUUCUGUGAAAUAUGUUGAGCAACAGUAAACUGCCUUGGACUUUCAUCCGCCGUCAUUUCUGAGGAACCGAUGUAAAUCUCCUGACGGCCUGGGGAGAGUGAAGAAAAUAUGGAGGAAGACAGAGAUCCUACGUGUUGAAACAUACCAGUGAUGCUGCAGAAGCAACCUCAGACAUGGCUUCUACAAGACAAUCUGCUUUAGAGUACAUUACAAAUGGAAGGCGACGUCUCAUUGGAAGGCUCCAGAAUCUGCCCCUUAUUGUGGAAAACCUGUUCCAGCGCAAGGUUCUUCACGAGGAGGAAGUAAGUAAAAUUCAGGCUGAAGUUGACUGUUUUGACCAAACCAGAAGAAUUCUGGACUGGGUCUCAGCCAAAGGAGAGGCUGCAUGCUACGAGUUACUGACAAUUCUAGACAUCACAAGGAAGAGGACCUUAGAUGACGCUGACUUACAGCAAUGGAUCAGCUGUUUCCCCUUCAAGGAAGACCCAGAGAUGACAGACUACCUUGUUGGUUCAAAACCCUGUCACAGAUAUCAGACACAGCUGAAAUGUGAAGCACAGAGGAUCACCGAGAGUGCAUGGAAACAAAGUUGUAGUCUCCUAUCAGAGAGAUUUAGAAAUGAGGGGACUUUCUCUUACACCCCUCUUGUGUUAGAUACAGAUGUGCAUUCAUCUCGCUCUAAAAUUAAAAUGAAGAAUAAAAGAUGCAAGAAAGUUCGUCGUAAAAAGCUAAAGAGCUUCAUCCCCAUGGCCAAACAGGAAACAUCCCCUGCUGAGCUGCUAAAAACACAUGAGAAAAAAAUCCUCCUGAUUGGAAAACCUGGAAUUGGAAAAACAACAGUCACCCAUCAAAUGUUGAACCUCUGGGCAGAGAAAGAUCACAGAGAACUAGAUUACGUGUUUUAUUUUGACGUGAGAGACAUUUCACACAGAAAACCCAUGAACCUGGAGGACCUUCUCUUUAACAUGAACAGUGAGCCAAAAGAAAGCAAAGAAGAAGUGUUACAGGAUAUUAAGAAGAACUCUGAAAAUGUUGUCAUUAUAUUUGAUGGAAUCACAGACCUCUCCUAUCUAUCGGUAGUAAAGAACCUUGUGGAGAAACUCCUCCCUGAUGCAAAGAUUGUGACCACAUGCAGACCAGAUCAAUCUGAAGACUUCCUGACAGACUGGCCCACAGACUGGUUCAGAGUGGAGGUGAAAGGGUUCAGUGAUGAAUCCAUUAGGACUUACUUAACACAGAUGCUGAGUGCUGAGCUUGACUCCUUGAGCAGUGUGUUAAACAACCUAGAGUUGUUCAGUCUGUGUCAUGUCCCAAUGUAUGCACUGAUGGUGGUUGCCUGCAUUUAUUUCCCUACCUCAGAGGCUUCUAAACAGACAUGCACUAUAACUGAAAUGUACAGCAACAUCCUCCGUCACUGCAUCCAAAAACACAGUGCCAAACGACUUAAGGAUACCGACAAGUGUCUCAAAGAAAACAGAGAGAAGAUAUUGUCUUUGGCAGAAAUUGCUUUUGAUGCAACAAAUGAAAAAAACAUGAACUUGACAACACUGAGUUGUGAAGAAAGCAGUGUCCAUUUUGCGUUCUUAGGGGCAUUUAUGGUUAAGGUUGCACCCACAGCAUCAGACACUUACUCUGCAUUUCUCCACUACACAAUGCAGGAGUUCUUUGGUGCCCUUUGGCUCUUACAGAAUCCAGACAAAAUCAGAGAGGUUCUAGAGAAGUGCCAGACUGAACAAUGGAAACACACAAAACACUUGAUUCCUUUCCUGUGUGGGCUUCUGAAUGAGAAGAAUAUUAGAUUGGUAAACAGUCUAGUUCCAGCUCAACAGAUCAGGAAGACAUCAGAUUGGUUCUUAAAGGAAAUGGUGAACACAUUUUUUCCAUCUCAAACAAACCAAGAUCAUGCAGAAGGUGGGGCUCCUGAGUUUGAGGUAGAUGUUCUGUUUUUGUGUCAGUGCUUGUAUGAAUAUCAGUCUACUGAGGCCUGUCUGCUUCUCCUGGACAAACUAGACUAUCAUCUAGACCUGAGUGGAGAACAUCUUGAUCCUCACCAGUGCUGUGCAGUCUCUUAUGUCACCAGUCAGUCUGCAGAGAGAAAGGUUGGCUUGGACCUGAACGGCUGCACUGUGUCAGACCAAGGAGUAAGGCUGAUACUGGGCUCUCUGAAGAAUGUCAGACAUCUUGGACCAUCCUCUGAUGAUUCAUCUGACCCCUCAAUGCUGUGUCAACUCUGGAUAACUUUGCUGAGCAGUGAGGCAGAAAUGGACUUCACCAGCUUACUUGGUCUCUGUGGAAAUGAGUUGCAGCUUCCAGUCCAGGGUGAAAUACGAGUGUUUGAGAGAGCAGAAGAAGUGAUGAAACAAAGUCUAGAGAGGGUUCAUCUCUGUCUACACUGGGAUCAGAGAACUGUUCUCAGUGAAGCUCUCAGCAAAACCAUUUUAAAGUGUCUACCAAAUAUCAGCAAGUUCAGGUUUACCCCUCUACAACAUCAGAGAGGAUCCCUUGAAAGACUGGAAACAGAAGAGAAAGCAGCCCUACUAGAUUUGUGUCUACAAGCAGCACUAGAUCACAGAGAAACGCUCCAGAGAACUGUGAACACACUGCUGUCAAUGUUCUCUGUGUAUCAAACUGAGAGAUAUGACAUCCUGCUGGAUCUGUACUCUCAUGUGAAGUACAAUAGGAAUCAAACAGCCAGGAGUGUCCUUCCAUCAUUGAAGCCACUUUACCAGCCAGCUCCUGCAGUCUGGUCCAUUGACCUCUCAGAGAGAAAGGCCUCCCUCCUCCUAGAAGUGCUGAAACUCCAACCAGAGAAGAAACCAGUAGAGCUGAAGGGCUGGUCAGAUGAAGAGAGUGAAGUGAGGAGUUUCCUUCAGUGUCUGCCCUACAUCUCACAGCUGAGUUUCUGUCCACGGAGGUCUGAUCCCUCAAAGCAGAUCAAGUUCCUGGUGGAUCUCCUGUCUCAAGCAGCAGAGUGGGAGGAGCAGACAGGAGAGAAGACACUGAAGCUGGUAUCAUCAGUGUGGACUUACAGCACCUUUCCUUUUGACUAUGGAGACAAUUCUAAACAGAGUAAUUUCCUGCUGGAUCUGUACUCACAUGUGAAGGACUAUGAGACUCAAACAGGCAGGAGUGUCCUUCCAGCAUUACAGCCAGUUUACCAGUCAGCUCCUGCAGUCUGGUCCAUAGACCUCUCAGAGAGAAAGGCCUCCCUCCUCCUAGAAGUGCUGAAACUCCAACCAGAGAAGAAACCAGUAGAGCUGAAGGGCUGGUCAGAUGAAGAGAGUGAAGUGGAGGAGUUUCCUUCAGUGUCUGUCCUACAUCUCACAGCUGAGGUGUGAUGAUGACAGGUUCUUCCAGACUGUGUGUGAAUCCAUUCCUGUGAGGUCCAGAGAGGAGGACCAG